UUUUGUAUUUGUAAUGUUUUAUUGCAGCAAACUUCACUUUAUUAUUUGCCUCAGCUUCAACUUUCACAAAACUAUCCUAAAAUGUCUACUUCAGCUUCUAGACCCCCCAUGAGAAAGGACCCUGCUUGGAAAUAUCAUGAGGAUUUUCCAGGGCAAGGAAAGGGGCAAACAAAAUGUAUGUUUUGCAAAACAAUAUUCCAUGGAGGUAUAUAUAGGCUGAAAUACCAUAUUGCUGGUGUGCGUGAACAUGAUGCCGAACCAUGCCUAAAAGCAGUCUCUGAGGCCAUACGUGAUUGUUAUGUAAUGGUUGAGGAGAUUGAAAGAAAAAAGAAACAAAAGGAGGAUCGAGCGGCCAUUGGGAGAGAGACAGUUUUAGGAAGAGGGACACAGUUAGAUUGUGUUGGAGGCCCUUCUUCCUUACCUCCAUAUCGUCCCACUCAGUUUGCUACUGCUAGUGCUUCCGUUUCUGCUUCUGCUUCUAUAAGUGGCAGUGCCACUGCCACCGCCACUUCUCAUGCUCCUACCACUAGUAGUCAUAGUGGGAAUGUUACCAUUGGACCUAGGAUUCGUAAAUCUAGGUUGGAUUCCUUCUUUGUGCCUCGCACUACUCCUGGGUCCCAACCGUCGCUUGAGGGCAUGGGUUGGAACAAGGAGGUCCAUGAUGCUACUAAAAUGGCAAUUGGCAGGUUUUGGAGCUACAGCUGUAUUCCAUUCUUUGUAGCCAGGUCUCCUUAUUGGCAACAAAUGGUUGAUGCCAUUACCAUAUGCGGGGCGGGGUUCAAAGCCCCUAGUGAGAGUGAUUUGAGGGGACCCAUUUUGUCUCAAAUGGUGGAUGAUGUGAAAAAGGAUUUAGAUGAACAACGCCACAUAUGGAGCACUAAAGGCUGCACCAUCAUGACUGAUGGUUGGACGGAUAGGAGAAAUAGAACUCUCCUUAAUUUUCUUGUUUCUUCCGCAGGGGGCACCGUUUUCAUCAAGUCCAUUGAUGCCUCCACCCAUUGCAAGAAUGCCACCUACCUAUGUGAGCAGAUAGAGGAGGUGAUUGAAGAUGUGGGUGAGGAGAACGUGGUACAGGUGGUGACCGACAAUGCAGCAAAUUAUGUUGCUGCGGGUAGACUAUUGAUGGAGAGGCACCCAUCUAUAGUUUGGACUCCAUGUGCUGCUCAUUGCAUUGACCUCAUGUUGGAGGAUAUUGGAAAAAUCCCAUGGGUCAAGAGAUGUGUAGAAAGGGCAAGAAAUGUCUGCAAAUUUGUAUAUAAUCAUUCAUGGGUGUUGGCUCUUAUGAGACAAUACACAGAGCAGAAGGAGUUGCAUCGUCCAGGAAUCACAAGAUUUGCCACAAACUUCCUCACAUUGCAGUCCAUGCUUAGGUCUAAGCCUGCCUUGAGACGUAUGAUUGUUGGUGAGGAGUGGUCUUCCUCAUCCUAUGCUACCACCCCUGCAGGGAUAGAGAUGGCAGACUGCAUUUUUGAUGAGCAAGGCUUUUGGGUCCCUUGUGAUGAGAUAGUGAAGGUAAUUUUUUUAUAAAUUCUACAAUUUAGCUUCAUGUUUUAUAAGUUAUUAUAUGUAUUCUCUUAUUUGCUCAUUUUUCUAAAU